AUGAGCCUCGAAAUCUCCAGGGAGGAGGUGGCGCAGAACAACACCGCCGACAGCUUGUGGUGUAUCAUCGACUCCAAGGUCUAUGACCUGACCGACUUUGCCGACGCACAUCCUGGUGGCUCGACUGUGCUCCAGCAAGUUGGAGGGCUUGAUGCCACCGUCGACUUCUUCAAUCUGCACAGGCUAGAAGUCCUCCAGAAAUAUGAGAAGUCACUAUGCAUAGGCACGGUGAAGGGCGAGACACCACAGGUCAUAUAUCCCCAGCCCGGGGAUCUCAGCCUGGUGCCUUAUGGAGAACCGACCUGGCUGUCACCACAAUUCAAGAGUCCCUAUUUCAAGGAGAGCCAUCGGCGGUUGCAGCGGGCUAUGCGAGUAUGGGUCGAGACAGUCCUGGCCCCUGAGGCGCAAGAAAAGGAGAGCAGCGGAGCCAGGAUAUCGGACGCUACCAUCGUGGAGAUGGGACGCCUUGGAAUCAACGCUAUGCGCAUGGGGCCCGGGCCUCAUCUCAAGGGCUUGACUUUGAUGAAUGGAGCAGUGACGCCAGAGGAAUUCGACUAUUUCCACGAGAUGGUGAUCAAUCACGAGCUCUGUCGAACCGGGGGUCGGGCUUUCAACGAUGGUAACUUGGGUGGCAUGGUCAUCAGCUUGCCGGCUGUAUUGUAUCAUGCAAAACCCAAUAUUCGAAAGCGAGUUGCGGAAGAGUGCUUGUCGGGCAAGAAGAAGAUCUGUCUGGCCAUUUCCGAGGCGUUUGCUGGGUCGGACGUGGCUGGUAUAAAGACCACUGCUGUCAAGAGCCCUGACGGUACACACUACAUCGUCAACGGUACCAAGAAAUGGAUCACCAACGGCGUCUUCUGUGACUACUUCGUCACCGGCGUCAAGACCAAAAAGGGGUUCUCUGUGCUGCUCAUCGAAAGACAGGAGGGUCUUGAGACCACCCAGAUCAAGACAAGCUAUUCCUCAUCCGCCGGGACAGCAUUUAUCAAGUUGGACAAUGUCAAGGUGCGCGUGGAGAACCUCCUCGGCGUCGAAGACCAGGGAUUCAGGGUGAUGAUGACAAACUUCAACCAUGAACGGUGGAUGAUCACGACAUUCAGCAUUCGAACAAGCCGGAUAAUCGUAGAGGAUUGUAUAAAGUGGGCAAACCAGCGGAGGGUGUUUGGGAAGAAGUUGAUCGAGGAGCCGGUCAUCAGACAAAAACUGGCCAAAAUGAUCGCUUACGCAGAGGCCAUCCAAAACUACCUCGAGAAUAUCACCUACCAAAUGUGUAAUAUGUCCCAGGAAGAACAAAAUCGACAUUUGGCCGGCCCCAUCGGGCUCUUCAAGAUGUUUGCCACCCGUGCUGCUCACGAGAUCGCCGAUGAGGCCGUCAAUGUCUUCGGAGGGCGUGGCAUCACAUCCACCGGCAUGGGAAGGAAUAUCGAAAUGUUUCAUCGGACGUACAAGUUCGAUGCCAUUCUGGGAGGGACGGAGGAGAUCCUGGGUGAUCUUGGUGUAAGACAGGCGAUGAAGUAUAUGCCGAAAGCGAUGCUGUGA